AAGUAUAAUAUAUUAUUUUUAUUUUUUACAUAUGCUGUCCAAUGAGUUCCACUAUUUUUUUCUUCAUCUAAAUUUAUAAUUCCUGUAUCAUUUUUAUGUUUAAUUUUGUAAUUUUCGAUAAUUUAUUACUCAUAUAUACACCUCCAAAAUUUGGAAUUUGUAAUAGACGAGCAAACUUUAUUAUAUCAAUAUUAGUGAGGGCGUGACGUGGUAAUUUUACGUUUUUUUCUGAUACCAUUUAUAUGGACCAAUGUAAAGACCUUUCCCUUUAGUUUUUCCUACACCUUUACCGCUACUCAUUUCCAUUCCUUUAUUAUGCCGCAUAGUUUCCUCCAACAUUUUUUUAUCUGCCGAAGCUUUAUUUACAGCAGUCGCUAUCCCUGCAGCUCCUCCUCCUAAAGCGCCUAGAGCACCUGAUAGUGGUAAUAGGAAUGGUAACAAAACACCAUAUUUAGGAGCAACUAGAACUCGUUGUUUUUUUGUCUUCUUUUUUUUACCCUUUUUACUUUUAGCUCCCAUUCCGAAUUUUACUUUGCCUUUCAUUAUACCAGCAAUUGCUAAUGCAACUGCUUUUUCUCCAAACGAUGCAUCUUUUGCUUUUCAACGGUCAACUGCUUUACUUAAUAAUAACUUAUCUGCGUCGUGUCGUUUUUGCAAAUUAGUUUCGUUGGCGUACGAUAUAUCGUGUUCUUUACAAGUCUGAUCUAAUUUAUUUCUACCACUAUGUCCAAGUGCAAUUCGUAAUUUGGUUCCAGGACCACAAAACUGAUAACCCGGUAUAUGUAAUUCAAUGGGUAAUUUAUUUAUUAGACCCCAACCUCUCUUUGUCAGAGUUGAAUCAAUACUAUGUUGAGAAUCACAAGUCUGUUUAUUAUAUUACUUCAUUUAUUUACUUUUAUCCAUACAGCAAAAGAACAAUCUAGAUACUAAUUUAAUCUAAGGUUACAAGUUGUUUAUAUCUAAUUUCUACUUUUAUUAACUAACAUUCUAUACCACUAUCACAGCUACUUGAUGAGUCAUCAGAAUCAUAAAACAUCAUUUGUCGCUCUCUACUAAAAUACCACAUUUUAACAGUCAUUCUGUUUAUGAAAUUAUUCCCACACAACUGAGAAUUCUGUCCUAUUACUGUAUUACACCAAAAACACUUGUAGUUUAACACUGAAGUCACAUGUAGAUGACAAAUGUGAAAUCUCACUACCAUAAGCUUCAUUGAACUGUUCAUCCAAACAGCACUACAAUAUUCAGCCGUUGAAAAUACUAAUGCAAGAGCCGUAACACGAAGAGUUUUAGCAUUAGCACCCCAAGUCGAACCGGCCAACUUUAAUAAAAUGUGAGCGAACAGUCAAGAGAGACACCAAGGUAGACUGGAUGAAAGUUAUGUUUAAGUGGUAUUCCAUUUAAUGAGACGUUCAAUUUCCUUUCUUUUUGAGAGUUUGAUAAAUGGAAGCAGGAAACUUCUGUUUUUGAUGGAUUUACACAUAGACGCCACUGUUUGAAGUAAUCACACAAUACAGAAGCAUCUUGGGAAAGUUGUUCCUCUAAUCGAUGAAAUUCUUUAUGUUGAAAAGUCAGUGCGAUAUCAUCAGCAUAAACAAACUUUCUUGAAAAGGUUUUAGGGAGGUCACUCGUAUAUACAUUGAAGAGUAAUGGAGAUAAUACGCCUCCCUGAGGAAGACCAUUGUUGAGAGUUUUGACUUUGCUUGAUUUUUCACCAACAAAAACUCUAAACUUUCUGUUUGUUAACAUGCUCUCGAUAAGACUGACAAUCCGCUUGCAAGGCACAACUUUAUGAAGUUUAUGUAUUAAACCAUCCUUCCAAACUGUAUCAUAUGCAGCAGUGAGAUCCAAAAGAACAACACCAGUUUUCAAGCGUUUCUCGAAACCAGAUUCAAUGUGGGUCGUUAAAGCUAAGACUUGGUCACAGCAACUUCUUUGUGGUCGAAAUCCAGCUUGUUCAGAGGGAAGAAUAUCUUCAAUAAGAGGAGGAUGCGUUGAUAAAUCAUCUUCUCCAAAAUUUUGUAACAUACUGUCACCAACGGGAAGUUGAGCUUCCUCUUAGGUCGAACACCCUAGCGAGGUUGCAAGCUAUUGCUGAUAUCGGAAUUUGCGAAUUCCGAUGAGCAAUAGCUAAGUCAGCCUUCCGGUGGUUCGAACUACGGGGUCGCCGUAGAGAAACGUAGAAUUCAUUCAUUCGUUGAUAGGCAGUGGAAAGUGACAAAGGGUGACAUAUGGUCGGUGCCAUGAAGAGCUUUAUAGCGACUAGAAUAUUUUUUAUUCUUCCCAUGACCAUGUCUCUAGCAGAGGAAGUCGAAAUCAGUACAGGGGUGUACUGGAAAAAGUUACCAGGGACAAUUAAUUAUGAAGCCACCAUUCCCCUUACCUAUUCGACGAGCUGGAGGUCAAACAUGAAGACAGAAAGUGAAAUUAACCCGAUCAACUAUUGUAGCAGAGGAGAAGGAAAAGUCGGAUGUAAAAUAAUCGAUGAGAUGGGGAGACUUUCGACCAUCUAUGAGAGGGAACGUUCAAUGUUGGGACAAAUGGUGGACAGUCAGGUUAAAGCGGGCCACCAAACAAACAGAAGAUUUCAAAGGGCGCUGGACUUCAUAGCAAGUUCAUUCGAAUGGUGUUGCGGGUUUGCGACACAACAAAAAUUUAAUAAGUUGGCAAUGACAGAAGGCGAAUUAGCACAACACGUGGAAGAAAUCCAACGAGGAUUAAGCGAAACCUUGAAAAACAUAGGUAAGGAGUCACACGAAUUUGCAGCGUACCAAAAAGAAGCAGCGACUGCUUUUGAAAAGGUGGAGAAAAGGAUGCACAUAAUCGAAAAACUGGCAAUGGACAUGACAAACAACAACAACAUUCACAUGGAGGAGGACGAAAAAUUAAUCACAGCGGCGGUCUACAACACCUAUCUAAAUUUAAAAAGGACCUUGAACAACUUAAGGACGAUGGAAGAAAACGAAAUUGCGACCGCCUGUAAACAACACUUGAUACCUCAAACCAUCUUACCACCAGCAAUUUUGAGAAAAGACCUUCAGAAAUUAGCCCUACACAUCCAGCAACACGAGCAGGAACUGGCCAUUCCUAUGAGUAACAUCUGGAUGUUAUACACGCUACCGAUAAGUGAUUGCACGCUGACUGGAGGAAACAUAACCAUACAGGCACGAAUCCCAAUUAGAAGAAAAGGUUACACCUGGACUCUGUAUGAGUUAAUCAGUGUACCUUUCGCCUGGUACAACCACACUUGCAGGAUUCAACAUGAGAGCACAUAUGUCGCAAUUUCGAACGGGAAGAAAAUAGAGACGAGAACAAUCUCCGGUGUGAGCCUGCACCACUGUCGACCUUUUGAAAAUAAAUUGUGUUUCCUACCGAGGUUUUCGGCCGAUUCGAUUCAUGGGCCGACGUGCGUAAGAAAAUUAAUCUCAGGGGGGUCAAUCGAAGAAUUAGGAAGCCAUUGUCCUAUGACAUGCUACAGAUCACAAGCACUGACUAUCACAGAGAUCGAAGACGAAAUAUUUAUCAUGACUCAUAUUGACGAAAAAGCCAGUAUUCGCUGUGACGCACAUGAAACCACAAUCGGACCUACAAGCGACAAAAUUCAACCGGGAGCAAGAAAAAUUCACGUGCCCUGUCAUUGUACACUUAUUUCAAGGGAAGAAGUCUUAAUUGAAAAAAGAUACCCAUGCAUAGAGCAGGAAGUGAAGGAAGUAUCCGUAGUCCACGUGAUACCGGCAAUAUGGUCCUCGCUUGGUUCACUAGUAUUAGGUGAAUUUAGGCAGAAGGACCAAUUAAGAUUUACGAACGUAAGCCAAUGUCUCAACUUGAACUGGACUCUCACCGUUCCCCAUCUCAAUCUGACAUCAACAGCAAAUCGAGUGGAAGAGAUAAGAGAACAGCUGAAUAAUCAUAACAUCGACCAUCAGUUCAGCGCCACAUACGCUUUGCACGGUGAUACGAUUUUACUGAUUUGGAACACGGUCCUGUCAGUGUUCGUGGCAUACUUGGUGUUAAAAAGGAAUCCAGGAGGGAUAAUAAUUGCUCCCACUCCAGGAGUGCACGCUUGGGGUGAGGAGAGCCAAUUGGGACACCAAGUGGUUCUCGUGCUCAUGCACAUAGCAUUAUUAACCUUUCUUAUUUAUGUAUUAGCAAAAAUUAUUAAGUUGUGCUGCAGAAAAAGAAAUUCAAAAGAGGCAAACUCUCGGCAAGGGUCAAAAAUUCGAGAAGAAGAAGGUAGCGCGAGUUCGGAGGAAAAUGAAGUACUUUCUCCAAGGCCAAGAGUGAACCACAGGGAAAAGAGUCGGUCGGAGGGACGACUCGAACUGGAUGAAGCAAGCCUGCUGUCUUUGGCAAGAGGUCAAAAGACCAGAGUGACUUUGGAGCCACUCCCAACUAGGAGUGAAGUAAUGAUUCACAACGUAAGUGAAAUCUAGAGAGAAAAAAAACAAACACAAAAUUAAGGGAGUCAUGGGAGAUAGAGAAAGACAAACAAAAGGGGGAAUAGAUUUUAUAAGGGUACCUAGCUAGUAUUAUGGGGUUACAAAAAAAAAAGGAAGAAAUUUUUGGAAAAAAAAAGCGAGAAAUAGUUCAUGGUCGGACUGUUGAUAAUAAUAUCUGGGUCACAGUCACGGCUAAGGAUGAAAGAAGAUACCUGACAAGGUCGAACUAACUCGACUUAGUUCGGACUUGUCAGCAAAAUAGUAAUAAUAUGUAGUAUCUAGGUCAAGAAUCAUGUAAUGUAGUAGAGUCAGUGACUCUGAUAGAUGUAAAUAGGUUAAGGAUUGUUUGUAAUUGUUGUUUUUUUUUCUUCUGCCCAACGCCCACGAGAAGAGCCUCACAAACCAAAGACAGAGCGGUCGGACAGGGAGAGCUGAAGGAGAGGCAGGUAGCCGUAGAACCGGGGGGAUAGGAGAAAACGUCAGUCAAAAACUCAAAAUAACAUGAAGUGGAGGACUUCCUAAACCAAGCUACAAGCUGGAAGUCCCGACUCUGUGACGUAUUGCCGUCGUACCCAUUGGGAACAAACAAAGGCGUAGAAACAGUUACUGACUGUAACCUGAAAGGGUCAACACCGUAGAGGACGAGCCCCAAGUCAUCAUCAGGUCGUUCGAGAAGUACGCCCCAAAGAGAUGGACCACCCACCACACAUGAGGAACCCUGGUUCACCUACGCUGAUCUGAAAGCCUUCCUGGUCCAUUCUGGGAAGAAAGAAGACCCCUUCCAAAACAUCAGGUGGCAUAAGGGAUGUUUCUUGAGAAGUGAGGAUAACGUGGUUGUGGGUUGUUGGCAGAACUUAGAAUUGUAACUGAUAGGUUAGAAUAGGAAAUAAAUUGUCGAGACGACAAUCUUGAAGGGCCGGGCAUAUGUCACCAACGGGAAGUUGAGCUUCCUCUUAGGUCGAACACCCUAGCGAGGUUGCAAGCUAUUGCUGAUAUCGGAAUUUGCGAAUUCCGAUGAGCAAUAGCUAAGUCAGCCUUCCGGUGGUUCGAACUACGGGGUCGCCGUAGAGAAACGUAGAAUUCAUUCAUUCGUUGAUAGGCAGUGGAAAGUGACAAAGGGUGACAUAUGGUCGGUGCCAUGAAGAGCUUUAUAGCGACUAGAAUGUAAGUAAAUCUUUACAUCACAUUAGUGUUAGUUUGGUAGUUAAAUAUAGACUCUUACGAAAGAAAA